AUGUACUUGAAGGACAAGCAGGAACAUAGCUCCGUAGACGCCGCACAAACCCCUGCUUCAGCCAGACAUGCACUGCCACCAUCUUCAGCUCUGGCUACCCCGAGAUGUACCGCUGAGGGUUACCUGGAGCAAAUAAAAGUGGGUUCUUUCUAUGAAAUAGACCACUCAAAGCUCUCAUCUUCUGCCCCAGAACAGCUAAGGGCAAUCCGGGUAGUCAUGGUGAGUGACAAGGAUGAAGUCAAUGUAUCCUUGAGAUAUCCAAGUGUUUACUCGCUUCGUACACAUUUCCGUAACUGCGAGAAUCCAAAUGGAAAAGAGCUCCCUGGACUCAAUGAGAAGUAUAUAAUGAGUACAAACAUUGCUCGAGAUGUACUCUACCGGAGAAUACAGACUACGGAAAUUGCAGAUAGAAGGAAUUCCUGGAGCUUUUGGAUCGCACCGCCGGAGAACGCUGAGAGAGAUCGAAGCUCGGCUUCGGGUGGGCAGGUCAACAAUGCAGCUUCGAAGAAGGGGAUUUGCUGGUCAGAACUCAAGUUCACUGGGAUGGUCCAGUGGGGUAGCCGGCGGCAAGUUCAAUACAUAGGUCGGCACGAAGAUAAAAAGAUUGUGGUUUUGUCAAAAUCAAUCGAUCAGCUGGAAGAAGCAAAAAACGAGAGUUUAGGGGAAGUGGAAAAGAAAACAGAUCAGGAGGAUGGGGAAGAGAUAUUUAAGGUCGAAGACACAUACGGGAGACGGAACAACCUCAAGAGGAAGCGCUAUAGCCCUAGAAACAUUCAGAAGAAGAAUCUCAAGAAUGCACCUCCUGAAAAGAAAAAUGGGGUAAAACUCCGUAAUACUGGUAGGAAAAAAGAACUGAAGAAAUCCAUUGAUAGAUGGUCCAUCGAAAGAUAUAAAUUAGCGGAGGAAAACAUGCUGAAGAUUAUGAAGGCCAAAGGAGCAGUCUUUGGGAACCCAAUACUAAGGCCAGCCCUGAGAGGUGAAGCUCGAAAGCUGAUUGGUGAUACAGGCUUGCUGGACCAUCUACUGAAGCAUAUGGCCGGAAAGGUAGCACCUGGUGGAACUGACAGAUUCCGUCGCCGACAUAAUGCCGAUGGUGCAAUGGAAUAUUGGCUGGAGAGUGCCGAUUUGAUAAAUAUCAGACGGGAGGCUGGAGUGCAGGAUCCAUAUUGGACACCGCCACCUGGUUGGAAGCUGGGUGAUAACCCUACUCAGGAUCCCAUUUGUUCCAGGGAGAUCAAGGAGCUCCACAAUGAGAUUGCCAAAAUUAAGAAAUACAUACAAGAACUGGCAUCUGCUAAGCAACAAGAUUUAAAUAUCGUGACUCAACCGAAUUCUGAUGUUACAUCUACGAGUCUGGCGCACGAAAAACAUUCCUUGACUGCAUUAAAGGAAAUCUUCAAUGAAUUGAUGAAUAAAAAAGUAAAAAUCGAGGAACAGCUAAUGGAAAUUUCACAAUCACUGCGUGGAAUGGAGGUAACCAAACACGAAACAUAUAAUCUUUUUAUUUUUGUUGGCUGUUGUCUGUGA